UUCUGCUGCGACACUGCUGUACUUCCGGUCUGCAGAUUUCGAUUGCGAAAGUGUAAGUUACGAAGGAUUUGAAAUGCCAAAGUUAAAUUGUCGACGCACAUUAUUGGUUAAGGAACGGACUGUAAAGCACUUUAAUGCUAGAACUGGAAAAUUUGAAACGGUGAUAGCUUCCGCAGUCUCAGAUGUGCAGCCAGUACAGGAAAGUAUUCGAAUGAUAUUUAAUCCUGUCACUCGAAAACUGGUAAGGGCGAACAUUAAUGCAGACUCAAAUGUGCAACAGCCAGUUGUGUACCCUGAUCCAGAAGUCUGUGUUUCUAAUGACACCCAAGACAAAUGUGGUAGGUUAAAUAGUCCAAACACAUUAUUGGUUAAGGAACGGACUGUAAAACACUUUAAUCCUAGAACUAGAAAAUUUGAAACGGUGACAGUUCCCGCAGUCUCAGAUGUGCAGCCAGUACAGGAACGUAUUCGAAGGAUUUUUAAUCCUGUGACUCGUAAACUGACAAGGGUUUAUGCAGGCUCAAAAGUGCAGCAGCCAGUUGUGUGCCCUGAUCCAGAAGUCUGUGUUUCUAAUGACACCCAAGACAAAUGUGAAAGUGGAGCACGCCCAUACUCGACAGUGACAGUUCAACAGAAGCAACAAGUACGAGACACACCAACAGUUCAACAGAAUCAACAGGUACAAGACACGCCAACAGUUCAACAGAAUCAACAGGUACGAGACACACCAACAGUUCAACAGAAUCAACAGGUACAAGACACGCCAACAGUUCAACAGAAUCAACAGGUACAAGACACAGCAACAGUUCAACAAAAGACACAGGUACAAGACACAACGACGUCUCAGCAGACACAGCAGGUACAAGACACAAAUUUUGCUGCUUCCUCCCAACGACCGACAGUAUGCAUCGAUGUAUUUGAAUUUUCAGCUGAAGGUACAAUGCCCUCUUCCAAGACCACAAAAAGAGCUCGUCCCAAGAGAGUGGAAAAGGUGAUCAACCCCUUGACAGGGAGAUCGGUGACCGUUAAGGAGAAUAAGCGACGAAAACAAGACACAGAUGUUGUUGCUCCCUCCCAGCAACCGAUCCUGACACCACAGGUACAAGACACAGAUGUUGCUGCUCCCUCCCAGCAGCCGAUCCUCACGCCACAGGUACAAGACACAGAUGUUGCUGCUCCCUCCCAGCAGCCGAUCCUCACGCCACAGGUACAAGACACAGAUGUUGCUGCUCCCUCCCAGCAACUGAUCCUGACGCCACAUGUACAAGACACAGUUUUUGCUGCUCCUUCCCAGCAACUGAUUCCCACGACAUUAUGCAUUGAUGCAUUUGAAUCUAUAGUCAUAGAAAAUGGAGCAAGGCCUGAUGUGAAGAAAGAAGUAAAGUGUUCUGACAAAUGGGAAAAGACAUGUCAGGAACUACUGAUUGUGCACACUGAGCUGUGCACUGUUCCAGAUCAAAGACAGUGUAUCUGUUGUGGCUUCAAUUUACCAACAGUCCGCUGUUUGGACUGCGGCAGCCAUGUACUUUUCUGUGAGGAAGACUUUGUUGAGCAUCACAAGAAUGCUGCAUUUCAUAGUCCAGAAAUAUGGAAUGGACAUUGUUUUGUGCCGUAUGCAGCCAACUUGCCUGUACUUGUGCAUAACAAUCACAAGGUACCAAAUUGUGCAAAACAUACCAAGGAAAUCACUGUGAUUGGAAUGAGAGGUCACCCACAGCUGUUUACUUUUGAAUUCUGCACAUGUGAGAGUGACAACGUUACACUACUGCGCCAUCGCCUUUGGGCUUCUUCCCCAGAAAUGCCAUCUUUGGCUUUGAAACUGGAUAUCAUGGAGUGGCUGCAUGCAUUAGCACUUGAACGUCAAGUUUCAUUUAAGGGGUCUGUCAAUGCCUUGGCAACCAGACUUAGCAAGAUAGAGAAUAUGAACAGCAAGCAGGUCAAGGGAGUAUACCAGGCCCUAAUAACUGAUGCAUUUACACUGUACAUGCGUCAUGAGUACCAGUUGGUGAAGCUGCAGCGAGUUGAUCCAUAUUCUCCUGCCUCUCAUGUGGUGAAAGAAGAAAUUGAAGUUAAAACAAAAUACCCUGCAACUGAUGGAAAUCAGCCAGUGUUGUCUGAAUACUCUGAAAACGUGAUCAAAGAAGAGACUGCAAAAGACCCUGCAAUGAAUGUAAGUCAGCCAGUCUGUCUGAAUACUCCUGAUUAGUGUCUGCUCUUCACCCACUUCACAUAGAAUUUCUCACAGACUGCCUUCACUGUUGGUUCUUGCAUCAUCCAGCAAAAUCUACUGCACAAGUACCUUGGUAUGAAUCCUCGCAUGGCUCUGAAAUGUGGACAGGUUUUUUGAAAAUAUUUUUUACUUUAACAACAAUAUACCAUGUGAUUAAAAUAUUAAAGAAAGGAAGCCUAUAUUGGCAAGAAA